UAUGCCCAAUUUUGAAGUUCCCACGAAGCAGGGUCAAGUUGUACUUCGAUGUUCCCUUGCAGAAGGAGGAAUGGCCUCGUGUUUUGCAUUUUUGCCAGCAAAGGCUCUAACGCCACCGUACGUACCGGAGACCGUCUUGACGUAUUUUCCAUUCCACCUGUCUCAUCAUGGAUAAUUCGUCUGUCCUGAGUGACGAGGACUACGAUGUCAUCUCUAACCCUGGUCAGCGCUCCUUGGAGUCCAGCAUUGCCGACUUGCAUCAUAUUCCAGCCUUGACGACUCAUGAACCUGCCCCAUCUGAUGCAGCUAGGGAACGACUCAGCACAGUGGCGCUGAGUCCUGUGGAUAUACAAACGUAUGUGCAGAAUGCACUUGACGCGUCUGGUGCGGGGAAAUACCCACGGGACAACAGGACUCUGAGAGUGUAUGUUGACGGCGUAUUUGAUGUGUUGACUACUGCGCAUGCACAUCAGCUCCGUCAAGCGAAGCUCUCAUUCCCUUCCGUACAUCUUAUUGUUGGAGUGCUUUCGGAUGAGCAAUGUCGAGCUCACAAUGCUACACCUCAUUUCUCACAUCUCGAGCGUUGCGAGCUUAUGCGGCACUGUCGCUGGGUAGAUGAAGUGCUAUAUGACGGACCAUGGACAGUGAACGAUCGCUUUAUUAUGGACAAGCGUAUCGAUUAUCUUGCUUUGGAGGAGGGCUCUUCUGUUAACCCCGAAUUUGAUAAGGAACGACUCAAAGGAUACGACACGGUAAAGAGACUAGGACGAGUCCUACCCACUCGAAUGACUUCCGGACUGACUGCCGCUCCACUUUUGGGUUCUUAUAAAACGUCACAAGACAUCACGCCAUUCCAAGAACUUGCAGAAAUGGUAUUAGAACAACCCGGCCACAACACAUUUUCGCACUCGGCCAACCUUUCGCCUCCGAAAACUUCUACUACCACGUCCGCCGACAGCAAGACUCUUGACCUCGGGGCGAUGGAGGCACUUGAAGCCAUGACGAACGAGCUGGCGGAGAGGUGCGCUCGACAGCAGAGGCAGCCAGCCCGAGGGUAGAUACGGGGGGAUCCGAUGCGGCUUCCACAUUGAGAGGCUUACUUUUGACGUACAGUAACUAUGACGGGCUUUUACACCUGUGCUGCGUUGCCACUUAUGCUAUUUAGCUGUUCUUACUUUAGAAUAUUGGUUCUAUGAACACUUUCUGCACACACUUGACUUGUCAUCGAAUCUC